AAUGUUCGAAUGCUGCGGAAAUUAUAUUAGCACAUACAGGCAGGAUUACAAAGAGAGGAAAUCACCUUUUGCUAAAGGGCCAACAAAAAUCGAACAGUGUGAUGAGUCACUCAUCAGCAACCACUAUUGGCGCCCACUACAGGUCAAUGGAGCGCAAGUGAAAAGCAAAGUAUGGCCCAAAACAAAAUUUGGCGUAGAGGAAUAUAAACAUUUUGUAAAGCGCUUGGAAAAAUGCAAGAAGGAAUUGUAUAACAUGUUUUUUCGAUCGCCUUGUGUGGACGCAAAAGCGAUAGAACAAAUGUUAAGGGAUUUGGAAAAGAGUACGUACAUGAUUUCUUAUUCGCCUAAUUGUUUUCAAUCAAGGAAGGAGUCCCGACGGUUUUUAAGAACAGCUCAAGAAAAAAGUAAUAUGAAAUAUUAUGAGACCACUUAUGGUACGUACUACAAUCGAAUUAAAGAACUAGAUCGCUUUAAGGAUGUUCUUUAUGGAAUGAUCUCUAAACCGGAUAGAACAGAAUUCCACAAUGAAUUAACUAAAUUAUUUAUAACUGGUGUAACAACAUAUGAAGUGAGCUAUAAUAUACCUGGUCUAGAACAAGCGAAAAAGAAGAAAUUAAGAGAUGGACCGAUUGAUCGCUAUACUCUACGUGCUUAUUGACUAAACGGUGGAAUGAGUGAUAUGGCCGAUUUUUACAACAUAUUUAUGUACAUACAUAUGUAUGUACAUUGGUGCAGAAGUUGGUAUGUACUUACGUAUCUUCCCAUUCAUGAAACAGCGGCAGGAUUUUUGAUGUA